AUGGCGUCAGUUAGUUUACGUUGUAUUCCAGACAACCCAUAUGCCAUAAUUGGCGUGACAAAUAACAAGAGAGCUCGAUUUGAAAUCGAAACAAAACCAAACGAAGACAAUGCUCAAUCAAAAGAACGAAAUCCACUCAAUUUAGUAUUAGUACUUGAUCGCAGUGGUUCCAUGGCAUCAAGCAACAAGUUAACAUUUGCAAAACAAGCUGUUAUUUCUGUACUCAAUGCACUCAAUGACGACGACAUUGUACAUCUUGUUGCUUACGAUACUACAGUACGAAACGUCUUUGAAAAUGCAUCAGCAGUAAGUCGUCAAAAUCUGUAUUCAAUCGUCGAAGGAAUUACCACUGGUGGUUGUUGGUGA